UCAUCAUCAUCAUCAUCAUCAUCAAUGAAUUUUACUCAACAUACUAUUAAUUUACUAGCUGGAGCUCAAAUUAUCUUUUAUGCUAUUGAUAUACGUAAAAAAGAUAAUCGUAUAUUUAAUAAUACUUUAGAUAAUUCUAUUCUUCUUAUCAAUCCAUAUCAUUCAGAAGAAGAAAGGUGGAAUGAAGUACGUAUAGAGUUGAAUGCUUUAACAAAUUGUUUAACAUCAACACAAAUAUUAAUUAUUCUAGGAAUUGGUGAUCAAUAUAGUAAUAAUAAUAAUAAUAAUGAUAGUAAUGAAUACAAUCUGAUUGAACUUGCUAUCAAUCUUGGCUUUGGAUAUAAAUCAUGUAAAGAUAAUGAACAGAAAGAGGAAGAAAUUGAUAAAAUUCAAUCAAAUAAUAAUCAUCAUUAUCAAGGUAUUAAACCACUUGACAAAGCAUACUUGAAUUGGAGAUUAUGGUGUACUACAUCGGAUGGAACAAAUUAUACUAAUUUAGAAGAAAUAUUCUUUUGGACAAUUAUAACAUACUUAAGUAAAUCAUCUCUUGUCAACAGAAUAUCAGAUGAAUCAUUGAAAAAUAGAAUCAAAACUAUGCAAAAUCGUAUCACUAAUUAUUAUAGAGCAUUAUUUGUUUAAUAAACUAAUCUUUACUAGACAAUUUAUUGUUCCUAUCUUCAUUUAUUUCGAUUGGUUAAAUUACUUGCUAUCCCUUUGUUUUAUUUCUACUGGGUGAUGAUUGAAGGUGAGAUAAAAAUAUGCACCGUGACCGGAUUCGAACCAGCGACCAUCGGCUCGGUGCUCUACCAACUGAGCUACGAGGUUGGACUGCUGAC